CCCAGUGUCUGUUUUCCGGACUGACCGACCAGAUGACGCACAGACGUCCUCUCAUUAAAGGCCAUUGCGCUCGACCCCUGUCCUUCCCACAGCUACGUGGAUCUACACACGAAUAAAUACGUUUCAAACACUUUCCUUAAAACGCCGUGAAAAACAUGGAGGCUAUUCUGACAACUUACGGAGCGUUUCACUAAACACAAGUUCCUCUGGAUGGUUUCAGCACUCACCCAGUGGGCGAGUGCUAGUGCAGGUGUAAGUGCACGGGGAACAGCUGGGGGUGUACUUCCAGACUGGGUCUGGCUCACGCUGCUGAGCAGAGAAGCAGGAACAGCGGUCUAUUCAUCCAGUGGCUCGGAGGCGUGAUGUCAGUGCCUGGUGGCCGCUGGUCCCCGCACUCUGCAGGAACGCUGAAGCCGAUUAUCCUCAGGCAGCAGAGCCCGGCCUCCAUGUGUGAGCAGCAACAUAAGCUGAUCAGAGGUGCUGUGUCGCUGACUGGACUCUACCUGGUGUACGGAUAUGGUGCCUACCUCCUCUGCAGCCUGAUCAGUUUUGUCUAUCCAGCAUAUUACUCAAUCAAAGCCAUUGAAAGUCCUGGCAAAGAAGAUGACACAAAAUGGCUGACGUACUGGGUGGUGUACAGUGUCUUCAGUCUGGGCGAGUUCUUCUCUGAUAUUUUCCUCUACUGGUUUCCUUUUUACUACGCUUUUAAGUGUCUCUUUCUGUUGUGGUGCAUGGCCCCGAUGUCAUGGAACGGCUCCCAGAUUAUCUACAACAAAGUGGUUCGGCCCGUCUUCCUCCGCCAUGAAGCCACGGUAGACAACAUGGUCAGUGACCUGAGUGGGAAGGCCAUGAGCGCUGCCGAGAACCUGACCAGAGAAGUCUUGUCCACUCUGGUGAAGAACAGAGCUCUGGUGACUCCGAUGCCACCCGUCGCUCAG